AUGGCACAUCACUUAUUAUCAGUAAGCAUAUUUUGCUUUAUAUGUGCUACACAUUCUCCAUGUGCUUCGCACGCUGCCAUUGGCCACUUGGAACAACACAGGCACGAUGGUUACAAGGAUCCAAAUAUUCCUAUUCCAGAUAACAAUCCGAAUCUAAAUUUGAGAAAAAAAUUACCGGAAUACAGUAUUUCUGACGGUUCCCACAAUGCCGACCCUAAUGAUCGAAUAACAAAAAGAAGCUCAGACAGUGAAAAUGUCGGCAUCGACAAUGAUUUUUUAAGGAAGAUAUUUUUAAAAUUCGGGGACGGCGAUAAGAUGACUAUGGAAGGACUAGGGGAGCUUUUGAGGAGGCUGGACGUGUUGCAUAUAGUUUCGGAAAAAUUGCAUUUACACCAAGACGAGCAUUUCGAUUUCAAGAAAGAGGCUGGAGAGAUCGAACAAAACGAAACUUGUUUCACUAAAGAAUCCAUCAACAUCUUUCAUCAAAAAGUCAACAAAGACAGCCUCAACCACACAUCGUUCGCCGAAGUUUGUCCUCUAAUGGUCUACAGCCUCCUGGUCGAACCGUGUCCGAACAAAAAAGACACAUUCGACGUCUCGACCCCAACUUCCGAUAUAGAUUCGAGCAAAUGGAUCUACUCCAUUUUGGCUGUGUUAAUUAUAAGUGUUUGCGGAGUGGGAGCCCUAAUUAUAAUCCCCCUGAUGCAAAAAAGGUUUUAUAAACCUUUAAUUCAGUUUUUGGUAGCUUUAGCUGUGGGCACUCUAGCCGGCGAUGCUUUACUGCAUUUGCUGCCUCACGCAAUGGCUGGUAAUGGGCACCAGCACGAGGACCACAGCGGUGAGGACCCGCACCAACAAAACACCUUCAAAGGUUUGGUGGCUAUGAUGGGUCUCACGUUUUUCUUUGUAAUGGAAAGACUGAUUUUGGUAGCUGUUAAAUGGAGGAAGAAGAAGCAGAAACAUAAGACUGUCCCUCAUGCUCACGUUAAAAUUUUUGAUGACCAAGGGGAAAGACGAAAUUCCACCCAGUGCAUGGACAAGUACAAUACGUCGCCUUAUUGUUAUAAAGAUAUUAUGACUGAAAAUUCCAAGUCUGAAAUACAAAUGAAAAAUUCAAUAUCGCCCGCCACGGACAAACUGGAAACGAACCAGAACAUGCCCGAUGGAGAUUCAAUUUCGACGCCCUGUAUAGAAGCGAAAAUGUUACCGCGCGAUCACGAAGACUUUACGGUAAUUGUCAGGGAGCAUGCCAACGUUCACCACGGACAUUCUCACAAGCAUGGACACGUUCACGCUGCACCACAAAAUUAUUCUUCGGUUGCAUGGAUGGUGAUAAUGGGCGACGGUUUGCACAAUUUCACAGACGGCAUGGCGAUAGGGGCCGCCUUUGCUAGCGGUUUGGCUGGAGGAUUUUCAACAACCGUCGCGGUGUUUUGUCAUGAGUUGCCGCACGAGCUGGGCGAUUUCGCCAUGCUGCUCAAAGCUGGCAUGAGCAUCAAACAGGCGCUAUUCUAUAAUUUGCUGUCAAGCGGUCUUUGUAUUUUGGGCAAUUUAGUUGGACUUUAUUUAGGUAAUACAGAAACUGCUAAUCAAUGGGUGUUUGCCGCAGCAGCUGGAACUUUUAUCUACAUAGCACUGGUUGACAUGAUUCCUGAACUGAGUUCAGCGCACGACGAAGAAGACAAUCUGAUUCAGUGCUUUUUGCAUUUGAGCGGCCUUUUAAUUGGAGUCGGGAUAAUGACUGUGAUUGCCCUUUACGAGCAUGACUUGAAGCAUUUAUUUCAUGAUCCCGAAUAA